AUAGCUGGCCACCCUCCGCCUCCGCUCCCCCGGCAGAGAUGAGAAAAAGCCUGGUCCAAGUUUUCGGCUUCCUGAUCUCGACACUGGGCUGGUUGUUUGUACUGUGCACCAUGGCCAUGGACUACUGGAGGAUCACCCAGAUCGGAGGACAAGGGGGGUCUUUCAUCAUCAAGGUGGCCUGGUACUGGUCUAACCUGUGGAGGGACUGCUUCACCGACUCCACGGCAGUCACCAACUGCAGGGACUACCCGGUGCUCUGGUCCGUCACCGCUUAUGUCCAGGGAGUGCGAGGCCUGCUAAUGUGUGGCUUAACACUCGGGUUUUUCGCCGCCGUGUGUUGCUUCGUUGGGAUGGAGUGCACUUAUAUCGGCGGGCCAGAAAAGACCAAGGACAGAGUGCUGCUUGCCGGAUCGGUGUUUCAUUUCGUUGGUGGUUUGGCGGAUAUCGCUGCCUACUGCUUAUACAUCAACAGGAUCGCCAGGACGACCUUUGCGGCCUCCUUGGAGCGCGGAGUUCUGCGGUAUGACAUCGGAACGCCCAUAUUUCUCGGGCUGGUGGGAAGCUUCUUCAUUCUUCUGGGGGCCGUACUCUACGCAGUUACAGUCUACAGAGUAAUUUUCCCAGAAAGGACAGCGAUGUACGUCUACGGUACGCGAACAUACAUGGACCCCCGUUCUGGCGGCGUGACACUGUACCCCGGCUACUACGGACCAUCCAGGCAGUACGGAUCCUACAGGGGCGCAGGAAGAUCCAUCAGCUCCAAAAUCUCUAAUAUCUCACGGACGACACCGGAGAAACUGUCAGAAAGAGAUGCAUUUGUGUAAAGAGAAAAAAAAAAAGAGCUUUUAUAUUUUGUAUGACUACAACUCUGAGAGUACAUUCACCAGCAUGUGUCAUAGACAAGAUGAGGCCUGUGACUGGAAAUGAGGACAGUAGUUUUUGAUUGUCAUGCCAUUUGGUACU